AUGACGGGACGAGGGGCGGGGCGCGGGGGCGCACAGGCAGCACGCGCUGUGCAAGUCCCGGCGUAGGGGUCUGGGUGGGUUGCGGUCAGCGCUCCGCCGCGCCAGCCGUUUUCAGACGCCGGAGGGACAGACGGAGGGGGUGCGUGCUCAGCGGAAGCCAUGUUUGUAGCACACAGCAUCGCAGCUGACCAUAAGGAUCUCAUCCAUGAUGUCUCUUUCGAUUUCCAUGGGCGGCGGAUGGCGACCUGCUCCAGCGACCAGAGCGUCAAGGUCUGGGAUAAAAGUGAAAGUGGAGAUUGGCAUUGUACUGCUAGCUGGAAGACGCAUAGUGGAUCUGUGUGGCGUGUGACAUGGGCCCAUCCUGAAUUUGGACAGGUUUUGGCUUCCUGUUCUUUUGACCGAACGGCUGCUGUAUGGGAAGAAAUAGUAGGAGAAUCAAAUGAUAAACUGCGAGGGCAGAGUCAUUGGGUUAAGAGGACAACUCUAGUGGAUAGCAGAACAUCUGUUACUGAUGUGAAAUUUGCUCCUAAGCACAUGGGUCUUAUGUUAGCAACCUGUUCAGCAGAUGGUAUAGUAAGAAUAUAUGAGGCGCCAGAUGUCAUGAAUCUCAGCCAGUGGUCUCUGCAGCAUGAGAUCUCAUGUAAGCUAAGCUGUAGUUGUAUUUCUUGGAACCCUUCAAGCUCUCGCGCUCAUUCCCCUAUGAUUGCUGUAGGAAGUGAUGACAGUAGUCCAAAUGCAAUGGCCAAGGUUCAGAUUUUCGAAUAUAAUGAAAACACCAGGAAAUAUGCAAAAGCUGAAACUCUCAUGACAGUUACAGAUGCUGUUCAUGAUAUUGCAUUUGCUCCAAACCUGGGAAGAUCUUACCAUAUUCUAGCCAUAGCAACCAAAGAUGUGAGAAUUUUUACAUUAAAGCCUGUGAGGAAAGAACUUACUUCCUCUGGUGGGCCAACAAAAUUUGAAAUCCAUAUAGUGGCUCAGUUUGAUAAUCAUAAUUCUCAGGUCUGGCGAGUGAGUUGGAAUAUAACAGGAACAGUGCUAGCAUCUUCAGGCGAUGAUGGCUGUGUAAGAUUGUGGAAAGCAAAUUAUAUGGAGAACUGGAAGUGUACUGGUAUUUUGAAAGGUAAUGGGAGCCCUGUCAAUGGGAGUUCUCAGCAGGGAAACUCAAAUCCUUCCCUAGGUUCAAAUAUCCCAAAUCUUCAAAAUUCAUUAAAUGGAUCUUCUGCUGGCAGGUAUUUCUUUCCCUCUCUGGAUUCCCCAAGGGCUGGAUCAAGAUGGUCCAGUUAUGCCCAGCUCCUUCCUUCUCCUCCUCCUCCUCCUCCUCCUCCUCUUCUUCCUCCUCUUCCUCCUCUUCCUCUUCCUCCUCUGGUAGAGCACUCUUUCGAUGCUGACACUGCCAACCUCCAGUAUCCUCACCCUAGCAGACGAUCUCUCUCUCGGCCUCUUAAUCCCUUGCCUGAGAAUGAAGGGGUUUAAAACACUGACUUAACACUUAAAGGCCUUAUUCGAGUGCUUGUAGAUGCUUUCAUUCCUGGCUGCUCUUUGUUUUUCUUCAUUUUCUUUCAGAAGAUUUUUCUAAUUUAGGGUCUGUCUUGCAUGUAUUACAACCAGAACACAGUGUUUGGAACCUAAACAUAUUUGUGCUUCUGCAUCAAAGGAAUAUUUUCUUCAUUGGUUGAUAACCUUUGAUAAAAUGAGAUACGUACAAGUAACAUGAACUGUGAGAGUUACACCCAAUAGCUGACUUCAAAGUGACUGUUUUGUAAAUCUUAUUUUGAACUGUUACCAUGGUGUUUCUUAUGGUUCACAUACUGGUUAAUGUGAAAGCGUAUCAUUAUAAAGUUUACUCUGCCUUUGAGACAUUUAAGAAAUGUUUUUAAUUUUACAGGCUAAUGUUGAAACUGACCAGUUUGUAAAAUAAAUUGUUCCUGUGUAUAAAGCAGUAAAACAUAAUAUAGAC